AACACAACGUGUCCAAUAAUAUCAUCAUACGGUUUGUUUCUUCUAACUGAAUAAACCAAACUCUUACCAACAUCGUUCCACACCCAUUUUUUUCCCUUUUUCUUUUUUCCCGAGAAAAUCCACCCAUUUUCCCGAGAAAAUCAAAUCACCCACACAACAACAACAACAGUCAUCGAUCCAUCGAUCGAUGAGCUUGGUACCGUGAUUCACAAACCAUUCCAGGACGAUGAUGAGGUCGACCCCUCAUGGAACAAAAUCUAAAUCUCACAUUGCUGAAAACUGUUACUGAUCCAGAAGAUGUUAGAGUGAUUGAGUGGGAAGAUUUUGAGCAUGAUCUUGCUAGGUUAUCGAGUCUCUCUUCUGCACUCAACGAAGCUAACGAGAAAAAGAAAAACCUUCAGCAUAAACUUGAGUCCCUUAUCCAGGUCAAUGGUGAAUCAUUGGGUCGAUUAAAUGAACUAUAUGAGAUGCGUCAAAAAUUGGAAUCAAAGAAAUUGAUGAUGGAGAAUAUGUCCAUACGUUCUAGGCUGGCAAAGGAGGAUGCUGGUAAGCAGGAGGAGCAGCUUAGUGGUGCUGUGCAGUCACUUUUAGUGGCGGGUGGCACUCUCUCUGUAACUAGCAGAAACCUUCAGGAAUCAAGUAGAUUACUGUCAGAAGAAAAUGGCUAUGUUCAUCUGAGAAACUUACAGAAGAUGCUAAGGAUAAGGCAACAAUACAUGACAUCUCAAAUUUCAAUGCUGUAUCCUGUUAAGUUGGUGGUUGGACCAGCACAAGAGCAAGAGCUUGAAGCAUAUCCUUUAGGUGGCCCAGCAGGGGUUCCUCCCGAACUCAAACCAACUAAUCAAGGAUCCUUGACGAUUCAGGGUCUGCAUUUAAGUAUGCUAUCAUUUAGAAAGAUGAGUUUUUUCACAGAUAAAAAGGAAAUUCAGAAAUCUGCCACAGCCCUAGGAUAUGUUGCACAUGCUGUUUCACUUAUAGCUUCAUACUUGCAAGUUCCUCUACGUUAUCCUGUACGGUUGGGUGCCUCUCAUUCAUAUAUUAUUGACCAUGCACCCUCGUUAGAGCUAACUUCUUCUGAAGCUUCAACAAGUGCAAAAUCUUUCACAAAUGCCAAGCAUGUAGAAUUCCCCCUAUUUUUAGAAGGUCAAGACACAACAAGAGCAGCUUACGCUGUAUUCUUGUUAAGCAAGGACUUAGAGCAGCUUUUGAAUUUCAUUGGUGCCAAGAGUUUGGGACCACGCCAUGUAUUGGCUAAUCUGAGGGAACUUUUUAGAACUAUCCAGUCUUCAGCUUUUAUAGAUAACUUAAUCUAGUACUUCUUUCUGAACUUCAAAUUUCUUGUAAAUUGAUUUUUGUUAAUUCACACACAGGUGCAAUUUUUUUGGUGCACCGUCCAAUGUAGCAUUGUUAUCAAAAUUGAGUCGAAUUUUCUAUAACAGAUUUGAUAUUCUUUUCAAAAGUAUACACAGUUGUUGAUUAUAUUGUUCUUCUGAAAGAACAUUUCAGGUGAAUCUCUUGUGAGGCUGUCAUGCUGUAUAGACAUUUUCUGGACAAAUUCUUACGUUUGUGUGGAAGUUUUCUUGCUCCAGGUGGAUCUCAACCAUUUCUUGAUCAACAGAGAAAAAAUUAAACAUCAGUGAAAUUAAUAAAUUGAUGGAUAAAAUGAACAAAUUUAAGAAUACAGGGACCAGAACAAAUAUAAAUGGAAAAUGAGACUCAAAUUUACUUGUGUCUUCUAAUUUUAGCGCAUAUGUGAAAAAUAUUUGAAACCAUUUCUAUUUUUCAUAAGAAUAUUUUUUUUGUUUUGUUUUGUUUUCAUUUUACAUUGUGAAAAUGGUAGUAAAUCCUAGUAGAUGCUUAACACCAAACUUUUGAAAUAAAGCUAUGAGAUU